AUGUCAUUACCACGAUUUCCGGGCGUCGGUCGCCUCUUUUCGGCGUCGGCGUGGUCCGCAAGACCGUCGGGAGUGCGCUUCACCGGGCUUUGGCGGCCGGCAAACACAGUCGCCCGUCGCAGCGUCCGGCUCCGACCUCCACGCACAUCUCGCCAAUACAGCACCGAGCCACCGCCCAAGUCUACCGCUCCGCCGUCUCCAUGCACAAAAGAAGCCGCGCAGGCCUCCCGUCUGGACCGUGUUUUGUCGCGGCUUCCCAAAUCGCUACAAAAGUACUCGCGGCGGCUCAAGGAUGCACCCGUGUCGCACGUCGUUGCGUUCCUGAUCUUGCACGAGAUGACGGCCAUUGUGCCGCUGGUCGGGCUCUUUGGGCUGUUCCACUGGGCCGGCGCGGGCAGCGGCGGCAGUGGCAGCGGCGGUGGCAUUGUGAGCAAGCUGGUGCCGCUAGACUACAUGACGCACUACUUUGGCGGACUGGUGGUGGAGGGCGUGCGGCGGUUUGAAAAGUACUUUCGGAGAAAGGGCUGGUUUGGGUUCAGCAGGUACGACGAGGAUGCAGACAGCACAGACGAAGCGACAACGACUGACGCCGUGAUGAGGAAAUGGGCGAGCGCCGAGAGCAAGUAUCGGAUUGUGGUGGAAGUGGGCCUGGCGUACAGCAUCACCAAGGUGCUGCUGCCGCUGCGCAUUGUGCUCAGCCUCUGGGCGACGCCGUGGUUUGCAGGCGUCUUGGUGCGGUUGCGUGGUCUGCGGCGAAAGGCGUCGCGGGUCACGAACGAGAACCCUCCUGUGGCGAUCAGGGACGAUGACGCGGGCAAUCUCCUUCUUGGCGUUCUCGACGCUGUCGGAGCCGUGGCAGACGUUGCGGCCGGUGACAAUGGCAUAGUCACCGCGGAUGGUGCCGGGCUGCGAGUUCAGGGGGUUGGUGGCACCGAGCAGGACACGGCCGGUCUUGACGGCGUCAAGGCCCUCCCAGACCAUGGCGACGAUGGGGCCGCUCAGCAUGUCUAG